UAUAAAUAUGUUUAGUGUGUUCACUAUGUUAAGAUUUAAUUUCAUGCUUAUUUUUACUGUAUACUUGUAUUUGAACAUACUUAUAGUAUUUGAAUGUGAAUCUGCACCAUCUAAGCAUCAAUGUGGUCAUAAAUUAUCAGUUUUAAAUGGUUAUGCGAAAUUUAUAAUAUUAGAUGGUGUAACCAUAGCUAAAAUAACUUGUCAUCAGCCGUACGUUCUGUUAUUUGGCAACGAAACAAUUACCUGUAUCGAAGGAAAGUGGGAUGACGAUUUUCCGAUAUGUGCUAAAAUUGAUCCAAUAAAUGUAUCUUGUGAUUUUGAAUCACCAGUAGAUAGGUUUUGUAGAUGGACAAAUUAUAUGUCUAACGAAGUCGAUUGGUUAAUUGAUGAAAUGUCCGUUCAAUCUAAUAGUAAUGGACGUCAUGUAACAAAUGGUUCUUCUCAAUAUUUUACUAAUCAUUAUUUAUCCUUGAAUGCGGGAAAUUAUGGAUCCACUUCUGUCGGGCGAUUGUUAUCUCCACCACUUGUUCCAGUUGCAAAUAAACAAAGCUGUUUACAAUUUUCGUACAAAGUUACGUCAGGUGAUUCACAAAAUCGCCCGACCCUGAAAGUAAUUUUUGGUGGAAUACCUCAUUGGGAAACUCACGAAGGAGAAGGACGAGUUACAAUUGGGUUAUAUCGGUUUAGCGCUCGUAAUAACAUCGUAAUUGAAGGAAGUAAUUGUAGAGCAGCUAUUGAUAAUUUGAUAGUUACAGAAGAUGAUAGAUGUACACAACGACCGUACAAUGAAGAGAUUGAUAGUUGUCAUGACAACUGUGGAAUAAUAUCAAACGGUGCUGGUUGUUCUUGUGAUUGGUCAUGUUAUAAAAAUAAUAAUUGCUGUUCAGAUAUACAAAGCAGAUGUCCAUAUAUCAAAUCAAUGGACGAUAUUUUUAAAUUAUAUAUAUAUACUAAAACCACUGACACGUCGAAAACAGUGACGACUACACCAAAAAAUGACGUUUUAAAUUUAUCCUGUGAUUUCGAAUCGUCAGAUGAGACAUUUUGUGGUUGGAAAAACGAUAUUUUUAAUAACACUGAUUGGCUGGCUGACAAAAUAUCAUUCGUUUUUAACAGUCGUCACGUAAUUCCUGGAUCUCUUAAAUAUUUUACAAAUAACUAUAUAUCUUUGGAUGCUGGAAAUGAUGAAUUCACUAACACCGGACGAUUGAUAUCUCCACCAGUUCUACCAGUUGGAAAUGAUCAAAAAUGUUUGAUAUUUUCUUAUAGAGUAACGUCGGGAAAUUCAACUGGUUCUCCAAUUUUAAAAAUCUCUUUUGGUGGCAUACCUCAUUGGGAAACUCACGAAGGACAAGGAAGAGCUAUAAUUGGGCUAUAUCAAUUUAAUACUACUUCUAGAAUUGUAAUUGAAGGAAAAAGAUGUAAAGCAGCCAUUGAUAAUAUAGUUAUUACAGAGGGUAAUAAAUGUAAUAAAAAACCUUACGUAGGAGAGAUCGAGAGUUGUCGUGACAACUGUGGAAAAAUAUCAGACUAUGUUGGUUGUUCUUGUGAUUGGAAAUGUCAUAAUAAUAAUAACUGCUGUCCAGACAUACAAAUCAAAUGUCCGUAUAUCAAACCUAUGGACGAUAUUUCUAGAUUAUAUUUAGCUACUACAACUCCUGCUACACGGGUCUCAAUGAUGACUUCAGAAAAAAAUAAAAUCUUAAAUGUAACAAUUAUUCCCAAAAAUGGAUUCAACGAUACAACAACAAUAAUUAACAUGUCUACUUUAAUGAGUACUGACAAGUUAUUGAACACAACUCAUUAUAUUAAUUCAACAUUAAAUGGUUUAAGAAAUCGCCGUUCACCAAAGAUUGUCAAUUAUUUAAACAUAUUUACCUUUUCCAAUAAAAACUUGACUGACACACUUCAACCAAAUUUUGAAAACUCUCUAAUACCUUUAAAACAUAAUCAAAAUUUAAAUACAAACGCAUUUUCAUUCAACAAUAAUAAUUGUAGUAAUCUACCGGCUGUAACAACUGAGUUUAUUAAUCCUUUAGUGAACUUGAAAGAAAACGAAAAUGCUAUAUUGUUGUAUGUAUAUAAUACCAUUUAUGUUAUUGGAUACCUUGUUACUGUCGGUGCUAUGCUAUUCAUUUUAAAGCGCUCUUAUUAUUUUUUAAAGUUUCUUGUCAAGAAACCAAUCAAUGUGAUCGAUCAAGCUUUCAUUGAGAAAAAAAACUAGAGUUCUUAUUAGGUAUAUUAGAUAGAAAUCUAAUUUACAAGAA